GGCGCGACUUUUGAACGCUAGCACCGCUCCGAUUCCGAUUCCGACUACGAAUCUGAGACGAAAAUCAAAACCAAAUCCGUAUAGACACUAUAACCAACAUAACCCAAACCAACCAGCCCGGCGGUGUACCCUUGGUAUUUUUUGUUUUUGUGGUUCUCGAAGACACAAAUGUAUUGAAAAGUGCAUAUAAUAUUACAUAUAACAUAUAACGUCAAAAUCAAAAUCGAAUUUUGUGAAAAAGUCGCUGUGCAUGCGCAUUGAUACCUGGAAUCGCCAUGAGAUUAGCGUUAAUAUUGGGCACUCUUAGUGCUAUAGUGUGCUUGGCCAGCAGCUUGAGCCAGUCAGAGGCGAGUGGCUCAAAAGGCAAUGGAUUUCCCAAAAAGGUUACCACCCUGAAGAAGCGACCAACAAAAACGCCGACCACAGUUCCGAUUUCCAUCAGCAGAGCAACCACUUUGAAGCCCAGUAAGCCACGCGUGAAGAUCGGCACAUCGGCAACCAAGAGCACCACGAAAGCACCGGCCUUAACCGAGACAUUUGGCAAUCUGCCGGCGGAUGACCUGGAAUUUAUUAAGGAGCUGGACAAGCAGUUCAAGCUGCACGGAGACAAAAUCAAGAUCAAGGUGGAGAGGGAUAAUUCCACGAGUAGCGGCGGCAAGAACAGCAAGAGGACCAUCGAGGGGGAUUUGGGAUACGGCUACUCGCAUCCUGGCUAUGAUUACACGCCGCCCAAGUUCAUGUUCUAUCCAUACUCACAGCAUGAUAUUCCCUCGGGCUUUGCCCUUCCACAGCCACAUCCGGAGGAGGAGGAGGAGGAGCCACACCAGCCGGCAAUGCACCAUCAUCACAAUCACGAGCAAGUGACCAGCGUGACCAUUGAGCCUUCAUACUCAUACGAGCUUAAGCCCCAGACCAGCUAUGAAACCCAACCGCAGCACACUGCUCCCGAGCAGCCGCAGAUUGAUCUGCCCCAGGAUGAAGUGGAAAGUCCCAGUGGUGCAGGUGGUUCCAGUGGCCACGGAGGAUAUCAGGAGCCUGUCAUUGUCUUGCGUAUUCCUGGACCCGCCAAGUACGCCGCCCAUUUGCAGACCCUUCUCCAGCAGUAUCUCGAGAUCAGAGCGGCCCAGUACCUCAGCUUGCUCCAGGAGGCCGAUCAGCAGCAACAACAACAGCAGCAUCAGCAUGUGGAACCUUCGCAGCAAUAUGGACCACCAGAACCGGCCACCUACCACCAGGAAGUGAGCUACGCCCACCAACUGGCACCCACGCCGGCACCCGUCCAGUACGCACCCAUCGAUGAUGUCUACCAGAGCUACAAGGGUCGCCACCAGCAACAGCUGCAGCAGCAACAAUAUGAGCCGCAACAAUACUACGCGCCCAUGGACUACCAGCAGCCCACACAGUUCUACUACGCACAGCCGCAAUCCCAUUUGCAGCAGCAGCCUCAGCUCUAUCUGAUAGCAAUGGCCCAACCUGAACCGGAACCGGAGCCACAGCAACCACAGCAGCACCAUCAUCAGCAGCACCAUCAUCAUCUUCAGCAGCAGCAGCAUCAGCCAAUAUACGUUCCAGAAUCUGAUCCACCGACGGGUCCUUCAGGUGGUCCUGAACAGGAACCGGAAGCGGACCACAGCCUGCCCAUAACGGAAAACAACCCACGACCCACCCACACCAAGGUCAUUUUCAAUCCGUACCCCUACCAGCAGCAGCAGCAACAGCAACAGCAGUCCACCAACAUCGAGGAUCACCAGCAGCAGUCGGAGGGCGAACGCCCCUUCAACUACCACGCCCAUGCGAUCAAGAUGCGCCAGGGCAAAAGGGCGGCCAAGCCUGAACCCGCGGAUGGGGACGUGGGGCCCAGUUCGGGCGACAAGGGACUCCAACAGAUCAGGGAGUAUGUGAGGGAGAAACUGGGCGCUGAAAUGGGUUCGGCUGUCGAAUACAAGACGACACAGCUGCUCGAGGGCUGAUGUCUGGAUACAUGUUCAGAUCUUCAGAUGUUCGAAGGCAUGGAAACUCAUUUGACAGAACGCACUGUCUCUGCCUGGAUGAACUAAACCAAUUUUCGAACUUGGCAAUCUUCAAACGAUUUUAUCAAAGGUUAUUUCGGAUGCCUUAGAAUUCUAGAAUAUUUUAAAUCGCUUACGCACGUUUUUUAUGUAUAUAUCCAGACAAGCCAUCUUUAAAACAAAUUCAAACAUCCGUACAUUAAGAAUAUGGGGAUCAAGUCCAGCAAGACAGUAAAAUUCCAGUGAGUGCCAUGCCCACGUUCACUCGUAUUGUUAACACACAGUUUGUGGUUGCUUCUUGUGCCUGAUAUCCACUCAUUAGUAUUUAUUCCAAGCUAGAGGAGCAGAACGAUCCCGGGGUGAUCCUCCAGCUCCAAAUCUCAUCCAACACCUACCCGCAAUCCCUAAGCUACACAGCCAAGGCAUACUUUUGGCCGGAAAAGAGGGCGCCUAAAGAUAGGCAUAGUUUUCUUUUCUUAGUGAAGAGGUGCCGCCGGGACACAUUCGCUUUUCAUUAUUUCGUACGACGUUUUUUUUAUGUUGUUUAUAUUGUUAACCAAGAAAAUGUGCUGCUGAUCAUGUGUGCAAUAUUUAGUCUUAAUGUGCUUCUUGAUUUACCUAUAUUAUGUACAUGUAUUUUUGUAUGAUUAAACCGAAAAGAAAUUAAUUUGAAAACCAAA